GAGCAUCACUCAGCACGCCGGACGCCAUCUUUGUACUUCAAAGUUUCUAAUUUUUGAACUUCUUGGUGUAAUUUCAACCACUAUUUGGGAUGAGUAUUUUGGAAUACAAUGGAGCUGCAAUCAUUGCAAUGCGUGGAAAAGAUUGCGUGGCGAUCGCCUCGGAUAAGCGGCUAGGAAUUCAAGCACAAACAGUGUCGUGUGAUUUCCAAAAGAUUUUUCAAAUGGGCCCUAAGCUCUUUGUUGGUCUCCCUGGUCUGGCUACCGACGUUCAGACGGUCUCAAACAGACUAAAGUUUCGUCUCAAUUUGUAUACACUCCGCGAGAACCGUGAUAUAAAGCCAGAAACGUUUAUGAACAUGGUCUCAAAUUUACUAUUUGAAAGAAGAUUUGGUCCAUAUUUUGUAGAGCCUGUUAUUGCUGGUUUAGAUCCAAAAACCAACGCUCCAUAUAUUGCUGGUAUGGAUCUCAUUGGCUGUCCUAUGGUCGCAGAAGAUUUCGUUGUUAGCGGUACAUGUUCCGAGCAGAUGUAUGGUAUGUGCGAGUCGCUAUGGCAACCUGAUUUGGCACCAGAUGAUCUGUUCGAGACCAUCUCACAAGCACUCAUGAAUGCGGUUGACCGUGAUGCCGUCAGUGGUUGGGGCGCUGUGGUUCAUGUUAUUGAAAAAGAUAAGAUUACAACGCGGCAUUUGAAGACAAGAAUGGACUAAUAUACUCACAACAUGAUUAGCAAUGCUUCGACGAAUUUCUGUAAAAUUCUGUGAACACAUAAGUUGUUAAUAGUGAACUCUUAUUAA